GGGUAUUACAGACUGCAACAUCCCAUUUUCGACAUCAUACAUCAGUUCCAUUAAUAUUUCUCAUCAACAUGGCAACAGAGACAAUCACCGAAACAGCCAAGCUGUCAUUCUCCUCUCUCCCUCCUUUCCCAUCCACCAUUCCCACUGCUCCUCUCCAUCGCCUCUCUCUUCAAAAGUUACGUAGCGAUCCUGAAGAAUCGGCUCGAUUAUUCUCCUCGUCGAAAGAUCUAGGAUUCUUCUACCUCGACCUUCGCGGCGACAAAGAAGGGGAAUCACUACUUCAGGAUGCGGAUCAGCUAUUCGCCAUGGCCCCAAAACUGUAUGAUCUAGGCCGCGAGGAACUGUCAAAGUACGAUUACAAAAGUAAGGGGAGUUAUAUGGGGUAUAAAGGCUUUGGCUCGGCUGUGGUAGACGAGAAGGGUAAUCUGGAUAGAAAUGAGUUCUAUAAUAUACCGAAAGAUGACUUCCUUGGGAUAUCAUCCGCUCCGUUCGAUCAUCCUCAAGUUCUCUAUGAUCAUAAAGACGUCAUCGUAUCAUAUAUGAACACAUCCCACUCCCUCGUCACGCUCAUUCUCCAGCAUCUUACCCAACAUCUCCAUCUCCCAUCAGACACCCUGACAUCCCUACAUCGCAAAUCGCAGCUGUCAGGCGACCAAGUCCGUCUGGUCAAAUCGCCGCCUCAACCUCCAUCUGAUCAACGCACCGCUCUAGGAAAGCACACCGAUUUUGGUAGCAUCACGGUCCUCUUUAAUCGACUAGGUGGUCUCCAAAUCUUGCCUCCACCGUCGCUUACUCCACCUGGCGAGGAACCACAAUGGACGUAUGUGAAACCAUUACCAGGACACUGUAUCGUCAAUCUGGGUGAUGCAAUGGUGAAGUUUACAAAUGGUUUACUGAGAAGUAACAUUCACCGUGUCGUAAGUCCUCCGGGCGAGCAAGCGAAAGAGACAAGGUACAGUCUGGUGUACUUUGCGAGACCAGAGGAGGAUAUCAUUCUGAAGCGGCUAGAGGGAAGUGAUGUCAUCCCAGAGUUGGAAGAAGAAGAGGAGGCUAUAUCCAGUAAGGAAUGGAUCAAAUUGCAGGCAAUGAGGCUGAGGAAUAUCAAACCAGAUAUGACGGAUGAGGAAAGGAAGAGGCUUUGGGACCAGGCCGGGAGAGGGAAGUGAGGACUUGCAUUAUGUACGAGCACUGUAUUGCUCUAAACAUGAGUUUUGUAGGAUGUCUAAAUUGCAAGGUGAAGGUCAAUUUCUGAACAUGAAGCGGGCUUGAGACGAUAGGUUGACGCACAUAUCCGAGUUGUAUUGCACGUGACUCCACGAUGUAUCUACUUCUCCACAAGCAGCCAUUGACUGCUCGUUCCUGAAAGAGUUCAAGAACGCAUGAAUCACACUACACUACCUCCAACAAUGACCACACCCCCAAAACAGUCCACUACUGUAAGCCUUUUGAUAUCCGCAGCACUGAAACUUCCUCGCCUAAAUUAGCCGAGCUGGAAAGGGGGCAGUGCUGAGAUUUGUGUCACGGGCUUCACAGAAGUGGCUUUCAGGCAGCGACAUUCUGACC